UACCAACAACGUACUGCAGCUGUGCCUCACUAGUAUUAAACUGCAAUAUACCAACACCUUGUCGAAAGAUUUAGCUGCGGACUGAAGGUAUGUGCCUACAGCAACGUCGGGUGACGCCGUCUGGAGUGGCACUGCAACUUUACCAAUUUUGCAAAAUCAUUGAUUGACGUCGUUUUCAAAUUUAGGAAAGUGUGUUACACCAUCCUUAACACCAGCAACCAUGGAAAAAUAUUUUCGUUUGCUGGAUCUUCCUCAAGAGCUCCGAGAUCGAAUCUACUACUUCAUGCUAGUCCGAGAUUGGGCGGAUACCAUUCCGGAAUCGAGGAUCACGCACAAAAAGUAUCCCGCCAUCGCCUACCAACCAGCGGAGCUCACAGAGGAGACACCUCCCGGUUAUGAAGCUCCCUUCCUCAAUAUCUUCCUCGCAAACCGCCAGGUCUACAGCGAAGCGUCUCCUGUCUUCUACUCGUCGAAACGUUUUGCUUUUAAUGAACCUCCACUCUCCCUUAUGACAGCCUACACGUGGUUGAUUGGCAGACCAGAACAAGCGCUGGAGAACAUUCGGUCGAUUUCUUUGACGGUCCGAGAGUUUGCUGACCCAUCGUACCUACCAGUUGUUCGUGUGGAAUGUCACGAUUUCUGGGACGUUUUAUGUGAACUUCUUCAAGGACUGCCCAAUUUUCGCCAUCUUGAGCUCAUAAUCCGGACAGUAAUAACUACGGUAGACCAACAGCCAUGGGACUGGGCAACUGAUUGGACCGUAAAUAACUGGACCAUGGACGAUCUCAAGCUCGCCCAGCAGCACAAAGCAACUCCUUCAUGGAUUUAUCCCCUAUUCGAGAUACAGGGUCUGGAAACACUGUGCUUAACUUGGGUGACGAACGUUACUCUUAUCGAGCGAGCAAUGAGAGCAGCUAAGUUGAUACGAGGAUCCAUACUCACCAACGGAGAUACGAUGGGUAAGGAGGGUAUUCGACUUCGGCUUGACCACUACCUGUCAUGGGUCAACAGCUAUCAUCGUGUCAAGGGACGUACGGUCUUCCUCGAGAUCAAAAACGACAGGCACGGCAAGUCGCUUUUGACUAAACUGGGCGCUCGACGAGGCCCCAAGGAUCCAUGGAACCGAGGCGAGGACGCCGAUCUUAUACCAGAUCUUGAAGAGCUCGAGCUAGAUCCGGUAGAACCGGAUCCUUCUUACACGGAGAGCGAUUGCGGCGAUAGAGACAGCCUCAAUAGCGUACAUGGUUUCAGCGAUGACGAAGAAGAUGGGUGAGUGCACUCUUGUUUACCGCUGCUUGGGGUUUCAGAAACUAGGCCAGAAUGUGAAGUGUGCAUGAACAGAGAGGGGCAUGCUUUUAGAUCCAGAAAAACAACUACGAGUUUCAGCUAAGAUGAUGAAUGGUUCUUUCAGGCGAGGCAGCAGGUAAACGUGAAAGAGACGUGGGUGUAUCCACUGUGCAAGCGGUUGGUUCUGUUAGGAGGGAAUUUCUUACAGAAGGGUAAUACUUCAGCUUAGAGAGCUUCCAUGAAUGCAAUUUUAUACAAGCUCAAUACGAAACGCUAAUACGUAGCUCUUACUAACAUUCAUAACGCUCGGUCC